ACCAAAAUAUUUUAUGUAUUAUAAAAUUAAUAGCAACUUAUUUAAUUGACUAGGUGUCACUUGUAGCCAGUGAUACAGAUAACAAGUGAACUGCUCCAUCAUAUAGUGAAAUUGCAACAAGUCACAUUAGUUAAGUUGAAACUAUGAAAUUACAUAUGUAAAUGCACACAAAAAGUUAGCAUAUUGUACUAUUCAUUUGAUAUGUCAUUGACUUCUCUCUCAGAUUACUGUUAAUUAAAUAGCUGUGGCUUAAUAAAUUGCUAAUCUUUAAUAAAUACAUUGUAGUGAUAAACUGUCUGCUCAAGUGUGUCUAUGUGUACCUGUGGCACACAAUCAAAAUUACCAUAUAGUAUGAAUUAAAUUGAAACAAACCACAGGAAAAUAUUUGAGUAACCAUCAGUAUUGCUUGCAUUCAGCUAUGACUUGGUUUGCUGUAUCAGAAUGUUGUAAGUAAAAUCUAUCAUUGAUGUAAUACUUAGCAAAAUUGUGGUGCAAGAAUGCAUACUAUAUAUAAACUCCUGUUACAGAUUCAAAUUGUUGACAGUCUGUUUAUGGAGAAACUCCGUGUCUGUGGAUACGACGGGGUGAAGACUUGGAAAAAGGUAACAAAUUAUACAGAAAAAGAGCCAAGUUCAACAGACAAACUACAAACUGCCAUUGAUCUUGUAGAAAUGGACAGUGUUACAAGAAGACAUAAUUCUUUUUGUCAUCAAUGUUAAAUCCUCACAUUGGUCAUUAAUGGUAAGAGCUACUUGAAUCUCACAUAAAGGUAAAAUGGCUUAUUUCGAAUUGGCAACUACUAGCUUGGAGAACCAAAGACAAAAGUGAUGACUUACUAUGACUCGCUUGGUAGAGAUGGCACCAAGCCGUUUCAUCAAUUAAGAGAGUUCCUGCUGAAACGAUUUAAUAGUAUUGGAUGGCAACUUCAGUAUCCAGAAAACAUACCACAGCAAGAAAACAGCUAUGACUGUGGUGUCUUUGUCUGCGAGUAUGCCCGCUGUUUGAUUCUGCACAAACCAAUGAAAUUUUCACAGGAUCAUAUGCCACAUAUAAGAGAAAGGAUAGCAACUGAGUUGCAGUCUGGGGUCCUGCUACCUGCUGAAUCAGCAACAGGCAACAGUGCCACUGAUGCACAAGUACACAAGGUACCUUCACAAGACCAGCCUGCUUUCACAAGUAAGAAGUGUACCAAAGACAUAUGGGAAAUAACAGAGCUGUCUAAUGUCACUGAAUCAUCGUGGGAAAGAUUGCCAAAAUUUCUACAACUUGUUUUACCCAAAGGUUACACUUACAUGAUAGAGCACAUAGAAAGCGUACAUUCCCGGGAUUUCAUAGGAGCCCAAACUGAACCUUUCAAUGCACAGAUUCGAACAAGUGUUACAUGUAGAGAUGAAGCACAAAGCUGGCUAAAGUCAAUGAUGGAUCAUAGCCAAUGCACGUAUAGAGUUACCAGGACAUACAAGCCAACAAUGAAGCGCUUGCUCUUUAGAGUAGAUAUGCAUUGCCAACACCAGCAGAAGGCACUUUCAACCAAACAGCUGGCUUUAAAAUCUUCCCAUACAACAAAAAAGGGUCUUGCCUCUGAGCUUCGAAAAAAGAAAACUAACUGUCCAUCAACUCUGAUUAUGACUGUUGAGAAUUCCACCAAGAAACUGUUCAGAAAGUGUCACAAUCAAUCAAAAGUUCUCCAUCCAACUUUUGUCAAGCUACUGUUUGACCACAACCACCCCAUACAUAGUGCACACUCGCUCAGCUUUCGCUCAAUAGCACAACAGACCAAAGACAUUUUCUUUGAUCUAUUUCGCUCAGGACAUUCUGCAGCAACUGCAUGGCAUACAUACGAAUCAAAACUACUCUUAACUUCCCUCAAUAAAACAUCAAUGCAGCGUGAAUUGGCAGACAGGGCAAUCAAUCCUUCUAGGCAAGAUGUAUGUAGACUUUACGAUACGUGGAGAAGAGCUGAAAUGGGGCCUGAUGAUGGGAAGGCCAUGAUUGACCAACUACAGGAAGAAAUUGACAGGUUUAAUGAGCAAUACUCACAAUUUGGAGGCAAGGCAGAAAUGCAACCCUUUCAAGCAGCAACAUACCCAAAAAGUGAUAAUGACAGCGAUGACAGCAACACUGAAGCAGAAAAGAGUAGUAGUAAACUGCCACCUCCCAAAAAGAAAAAAAAGCUGAGAGAGGCAAAUCAACCACUGAUUAUAGCCAUUUGUACCCAACUAAUGGCAAGAGCUCAUGAAAUAGUACAACAAUCAAGCGAAAUCGUGUUCUGUGAUUCCACCUCUACAUUAGAUCGGUUUGGAAAUUCUAUGUUUAUUAUUUCGACAACCCAUGCUUGCUGUUCAAUUCCACUAGGUGUAAUGAUCGUGUCUGACGAAAAGCAAGAAACUAUCAAAGAGGGGCUUGAAAUGUUGAAAAGAGUUUUGCCUACCUCUGCAUUCUAUGGUCGGGGUGUACAUGUGGGUCCUGCAUUAUUUAUGACAGAUGACAGCACUGCUGAACGAGAGGCUCUUCAAUCUAGCUGGAAACCAUCCCGACUCCUCUUAUGCAUAUUCCAUUUCCUACAAAGAAGAUGGACGUGGUUACACGAUGGAAAGAACAGAAUUCCUCAAAAAGAUCGUCUGUACUUGAUAAAGAUGAUUAAAGGUCUGGUAUACUCGAAGUCAGAAAAUGAGCUAAAUGGCCUGUAUACUAAGCUUCAAAACGAUCACAUUUCUAUUCGGUACCCACCUUUCCUUCAACACAUUAAGUCACUCUGGCCGAGAAGGCGUGAAUGGGCUAUAUGCUACAGGCAUGCUGAUCUCACUAGAGGUAACCACACCAAUAAUUACGCCGAAGCAGGCAUCAAGAUUGUAAAGGAUCUGGUCUUCAGCAGAAUAAAGGCAUACAAUUUGACUCAAAUGUUUGCCUUUAUUACAGAGUCAAUGGAACUAUACUAUCAGAGAAAGUUACUCAAUGUCUCAAACAGUAGAAUGGAUCACUUUGUUGCCACCAAAUUUCUGGGUCAGGGUGCUGAGACAGUUCAACAUUGUGCCAUUGAAAGUCUUGGCGAUAGCAUCUUCCGUGUAAAAAGCAGAAAACGCUUAACUGAGUUUGAUGAUGACAGUUAUGUUGUGGACAUGCACAUUGGAACUUGCAGCUGCAAGAGAGGGCAAAAUGGCUCUCCAUGUGCCCAUCAGGCAGCAGUUGUGUCCAAAUACAAAAUAGAUAGUGUUAACUGCUUUCCGUCACUAAAUGCAUCAGCUAGGCAUCGAAUUGCUAAAUUGGCAAUAGGCGAAAAAGCCAAAUCUGAUAUAAAUUUCUACGCUUCUCUUCAUCAAGAAACAUACGACAAUGCUGAUAAUGACUCAAAUCUGUCCGACUCACAUGAUUUAAGCAGAUUAAGGGCAAAAUUUCUGCUACAUACAGACGAUCAGGACACCAAUCUAAAGUGCAAUGACCUAAACGAAGACUCGGACGUCCAAUCUACAACAAACUCAUUGGCAUCAGCAUCUCAAGAACUCAAAUCCAAACUCAGAGCAAUUACAACUGAUAUGAUUGAAAAAUUAGAUUCUGAAGAUCAGCAGUUCAGAGAUGCUGUGCAAAAAUUUGUCAUGCGAUAUGAAAGUCUUCAAGGCCCCAGAUCUAUUGCCCGACUGUCUAGCGCACUACAUCAGUUUGGAUGGAUAUUUGGCGGUCAUUCCAUACGUCGCCAUGGUGUCUUCAUUCAAAGAGGGAAACGAAUUCCAGUGCAAGCAACCUCAGCUGGAAGACGGAAGUAUGGAUCCAAGAGCAAAACAAAAACCACAGCAGGACGUCCCAUAAGUUCUAUGCUCGUCAAGUCCAAAGAAAAUGUUACACAAAGCCGCUAUGUAAUUCCACUAAGAAAGCCCAAUCAAAAUCAAGGCAAAAGGCCUCACUCUUUGAAAUUAAGUAUACAGAAAGGCUGCCAGAAUGCUGGGAAGUGGUAA